AUGUUAGCUACUUCCGCAUCAUUUCCAAUUCCAAGUUGGGAUGUUCCAUUUGGUAUUAAAUUAUGGCCAAUUUUUAAUGAUUUAAUAAGUUCUUUAAGUCAUUAUAGUUUUAUUCCAUCUGAAUUUAGUUUCAAUGAGAGUUUACCAUUAGGUACAUUCCCACCAGUUGCUACUGCUAUUAUUACUUAUUAUGUUGUUAUAUUUGGUGGUGAUUAUAUCUUUAAGAAAUUUCAAAUUAAACCAUUAAUCUUAAAUGGAUUAUUUCAAUGUCAUAAUUUAUUCUUAACUACUUUAUCAUUAACUUUAUUGGUACUUAUGGUUGAACAAUUAAUUCCUAUGAUUUAUCAUCAUGGUUUAUAUUAUGCAAUUUGUAAUCAACAAGCUUGGACUCAAGAAUUAGUUUGCUUAUAUUAUUUAAAUUAUUUAACUAAAUUUUGUGAAUUUAUUGAUACUGUUUUCUUAGUGGUUAAACAAAAGAAAUUAACCUUUUUACAUACUUAUCAUCAUGGUGCAACUGCUUUAUUAUGUUAUACUCAAUUAAUUGGUUUAACUCCAAUUUCUUGGGUCCCUAUUGCUUUGAAUUUAGGUGUACAUGUUGUUAUGUAUUGGUAUUAUUUCUUAGCUGCAAGAGGUAUUAGAGUUUGGUGGAAAGAAUGGGUUACUCGUUUUCAAAUUAUUCAAUUUGUAUUGGAUUUAGGAUUUGUUUAUUUUGCAACUUAUCAAAAAAUUGUCUUUAAUUAUUUCCAAGAUUAUUUACAUGUAUUACCUCAUUGUGGUGAUUGUGCGGGUACUAUGUUGGCAGCUUAUUCUGGUUGUGCCAUCUUAUCUUCUUAUUUGGUUUUAUUUAUUGCUUUCUAUAUUGAUGUUUAUAGAAGAAAGGGUUCCAAAAAGGCUAAAAUGGUUAAAUCAGUUAAAGGUGGGGUUGCUGCUCAAGUUAAUGAAUACGUUUAUGUUACUGGUAAUGACAAUAAAUCUCCUUCUCCUCAACCAGAAGGUUUAAGAUCAAGAAAAGCAUAA